CCCGUGUCCCUUGCCCUGUCCACCCCAGUGUCUCUGCCUGUCCCCACACUGCCAGCCUGCCCUGGCACCCCUGGAGCCACCCGCUGCCACCCCAGGGAUGGUGACACAUGGAUGCGGUGGCCCUGCAGCAGGGUGCUGUGAGUGCGGGGCCUCCCUGUCCCACCAGUACUACGAGAAGGAUGGGCGCCUGUACUGCAAGAAGGAUUACUGGGCACGCUUUGGGGAGCUCUGCCACGGCUGCUCAGAGCAGAUCACCAAGGGGCUGGUCAUGGUGGCCGGGGAGCAGAAGUACCACCCCGAGUGCUUCAGCUGCCUCAACUGCCGCACGUUCAUUGGGGACGGGGACACCUACGCGCUGGUGGAGCGCUCCAAGCUCUACUGCGGGCACUGCUAUUACCAGAUGGUGGUGACGCCGGUCAUUGAGCAGAUCCUGCCGGAUUCGCCAGCUUCCCGCAUCCCGCACACCGUCACGCUCGUCUCCAUCCCCGCCUGCUCCGACGGCAAACGCGGCUUCUCCGUCUCCAUCGACCAGGGCUGUGGCACUGAGCACUCCCGCACCGUCCGCGUCCGAGAACUGGAUCCAGACUGCAUCAGCCCUGACAUGAAGAACUCCAUCCAUGUGGGCGACCGCAUCCUGGAGAUCAACGGCACCCCCAUCGGCCACGUUCCCCUGGAUGAGAUCGACCUGCUGAUCCAGGAGACCAGCCGCCUGCUCCAGCUCACCAUCGAACACGACCCCCACGAGCCCCUUGCCCGCGAGUCGGGGCUUGCCUGCAGCCCCCUGCCCGCCCCGUGCAGCCCCCUGCGCUCCCCUGCCCUCCCGCCCUGUGGGGAGCCCAGUGCCAUGCGCCAGCGGACUGUCACGAGGAGCUGCAGCACGGACAAAUCUCCGGGCUCCGGCUCGGUGGGCUCGCCCGCAUCCCAGCGCAAGGACAUCGGUCGCUCCGAGUCGUUGCGCGUCGUCUCCCGUGCCCAUCGCAUCUUCCGCCCCUCCGACCUGAUCCAUGGCGAAGUGCUGGGCAAGGGCUGCUUCGGCCAGGCCAUCAAGGUGACGCAUCGGGAGACGGGCGAGGUGAUGGUCAUGAAGGAGCUGAUCCGCUUCGACGAGGAGACACAGAGGACCUUCCUCAAAGAGGUGAAGGUGAUGCGCUGCCUGGAGCACCCCAAUGUGCUGAAGUUCAUCGGGGUGCUGUACAAGGAGAAGAGGCUCAACUUCAUCACGGAGUACAUCAAGGGGGGCACCUUGAGGGGCCUCAUCAAGAGCAUGGACAGCCACUACCCCUGGAGCCAGCGGGUCAGCUUCGCCAAGGACAUCGCCGCCGGCAUGGCCUACCUCCACUCCAUGAACAUCAUCCACCGUGACCUCAACUCUCACAACUGCCUCGUGCGGGAGAACAAGAGCGUGGUGGUGGCUGAUUUUGGGCUGGCGCGGCUGAUGGUGGACGAGAAGAACCAGCCCGAACAUCUCAAGAACCUGAAGAAACCGGACCGCAAGAAGCGGUACACGGUGGUGGGGAACCCAUACUGGAUGGCCCCUGAGAUGAUCAAUGGGAGGAGCUAUGAUGAGAAGGUGGACAUCUUCUCCUUUGGCAUUGUCCUGUGCGAGAUCAUCGGCCGGGUGAGUGCCGACCCUGACUACCUGCCCCGCACCACCGACUUCGGCCUCAACGUCAAGGGCUUCCUGGACCGCUACUACCCCCCCACGUGUCCCCCUAGCUUCUUCCCCAUUGCCGUCUGCUGCUGUGACCUGGACCCCGAGAAGCGGCCAUCCUUCAGCAAGCUGGAGCAGUGGCUGGAAACCCUCCGCAUGCACCUGGAGAUCCACCUGCCGCUAAGCUCCCAGCUGGAGCAGCUGGACCGAGCCUUCGGGGAGACGCACCGAUGGGGCGAAGGCGGGCUGCCCGCACCCCCCCGAUAGAGCACCCCCACCUGCACCCCCUCUGAAGCCACGGGAGAAGGAGCUGCACCCGCCGCCAGCAUCUCCUCCGGCUGCCACCGCCCCCGGGGCUGGAUCCCUGGGGCUCCCCGGAUGAGCCCCCCUACCCUGUCUCCUCUGCACGGGCUGCCCACACUGCUGCCCGCACUGCUGCCCACGCCAUCCCUGGGAGCUGGCUCUUCCCGGGGCUGCACGGCCCCUUUGCAUCCCCCCCCGACACCGUAGCUCUUACCCCCAGGACAAGCCCGGCCGGCCACACCGCGGGGACUGUCCCCAUGUCCCCCCCCGCCCCGUCCCGGCUCGCUUCGCCUUUGCACGCCCGGGGGGCUGCGUGGCCGCCGCACCCGCACAAGCCCCGUGGGCUCCCCCGUACAGAGCCGCGGCCUCGCGGCGGUGCCUUGGCUUUCCGUGAACUUGCAC